AUGAAGCCCGUCGUCUCUGCCCUGAACGCCUGGUCUUGUGUCGUUAUUUCCCUCUUCGCAAUCGUCAUCCUCUCUGUCCUCGGCUCCCUAUAUAGCGUACGUCUUUCCGACCCCCUCGGCCACGAGCCCGACCAAAGUCCCGCCCUCACAAGCAUACGUAAUAUGACAUCGAGCGCUAACAAGUACUCCCUACUACAGAGCAACAACCACGCAUACACCGGCUCAGAAGGAGAACCCAAAGAUGGACCCGCAGUCGCUGCUUCAAUUUACACCGCUGUGAUCGUUUACACUGGUUUCUUCGUGUUCUGUGGUUUCCAGGCUUACCUCCACAUGCGAAACAGCAGGGGAGGUGCUAUAUCACUUCAUUGA